GUUUCGGAGCCUUGCUUAUUUUUUGCCUGCCAAGUUGCCAACCAUUUGUUCUCACUCAGCGUGUUCCAACUAUUUAUGCGCUCAUCUUCCCCCCUCGUUGGUUCUUGCGUGUACAUGACAAACUGUAUGUUCUCUGCAAUGAUUUCCCCAUGUUACUUUUUCCUUCCAUGGUGACCUUCGCUACCAGAAAAUAUCCAAGCUCUACCAUCCAUUUUACUUCUAUUUCGAACCUCACCACCGUCACUAGCACGUUGGGAAAUUGCAGUUUCAGUAGGGGUAUCAUCUGUUUCUGAGAGAGAGAGAAAGGGAGAGUGUGUUAGUUGUUGGUCGAAGCGUCCAAAUUCGGGAACAAAAUGGAGAAUGAGGUCAGCAGUGGUGGAGUCAAUGUCAAAGAACACAUGGAUCGCUCGGUCGAUUGGAGAGGAAGGCCUUGCAAGUCAAGCCAUGGAGGAACUAAAGCAGCAAUCUUUGUUCUUGGCAUUCAGGCCUUCGAGAUAAUGGCGAUAGCUGCUGUGGGGAAUAACCUUAUCACGUAUGUCUUCAAUGAUCUACACUUCUCCCUUCCAAAAUCUGCCAAUACCGUGACAAAUUUUGUGGGCACCAUCUUUCUUCUGUCCCUACUGGGUGGAUUCCUUUCUGACUCUUACAUCGGGAGUUUUUGGACCAUCAUCAUAUUUGGCUUUGUGGAGCUCUCUGGAUUUAUUUUGCUCUCUGUCCAAGCUCAUUUGCAACAGCUUAGACCACCAAAAUGCAAUAUGAGAACUGAAGGAAAUCACUGUGAAGAAGCAAGAGGUCUUCAGGCAUUGAUAUUCUUUCUGGCGCUCUACUUGGUAGCUCUGGGAAGUGGAUGUUUGAAGCCAAAUAUGCUGUCUCAUGGAGCUGAUCAGUUUUCUAGGGAUGACACUAAGCAGUCUAGGAAGCUGUCCUCCUACUUCAAUGCUGCAUAUUUUAGCUUCUCUCUUGGUGAACUUAUCGCGCUCACCAUCCUUGUUUGGGUUCAGACUAACUCAGGCAUGGGGCUUGGCUUUGGUAUCUCAGCUGCAGCAAUGGCCUUGGGCUUAGGCAGCCUAAUAUGUGGUUUUACAUUUUACAGAAACAAGCCACCUCAAGGCAGUAUCUUCACUCCCAUUUUACAAGUACUUGUAGCUGCCAUUACUAAGAGGAAAUCAGUAUGUCCUUCUAAGCCUGAGCUUCUCCAUGGGAGCCAACCCGGUUCUCCUAACAUUAACUCUUCUAUGGCUGUUGGGAACCUACUGCAUACAGCAAGGUUUAGGUUUUUGGACAAGGCCUGUAUCAUCACAGAGGAUGGCAUGACAAGGAAGGAGAAUCCAUGGAGACUCUGUACAGUAACUCAAGUAGAACAAGUGAAGAUCCUCAUCUCUGUAAUCCCCAUUUUUGCCUGUACCAUCAUUUUCAACACCAUCCUUGCUCAGCUACAGACUUUCUCAGUGCAACAGGGGAGCAUCAUGAACACCCAAUUGACAAAAAAUUUCAAAGUUCCUCCUGCUUCACUGCAGUCAAUCCCCUACCUCAUGCUAAUAUUUGUCGUGCCUCUAUACGAUGCCGUCUGUGUCCCUUUUGCACGACGUAUCUCCGGCACCGAGUCUGGCAUCUCGCCGUUGCAGCGAAUUGCUAUUGGACUGUUCACAGCAACUUUCUCCAUGGUGGCCGCAGCUCUCAUUGAAAAUAAAAGACGAAAGAUGGCGAUCUUCUCUGACAAGCAAAUCUCCAUAUUCUGGAUCACACCACAGUUUCUCAUUUUCGGACUCUCUGAAAUGUUUACCGCAGUUGGUCUCAUUGAGUUCUUCUACAAGCAGUCCCUAGCAGGAAUGCAGUCCUUCUUGACUGCUGUAACAUACUGUUCAUACUCAUUUGGUUUCUUCCUGAGCUCAUUUUUGGUCUCCUUAGUGAAUAAGAUCUCCUCAGGCAAUUCACACAAGGGGUGGCUCUCAGAUAAUGAUCUGAACAAAGACAGACUGGACUUGUUUUAUUGGCUGCUAGCUGCUCUCAGUCUGCUCAACUUUUGUCAGUAUAUAUUUUGGUCUAGAUGGUACUCUUACAACCCAAGUCUAGAUCCUAUCCAUUUACAUAAUCUCCACAAAGAAGACGCUGAGUUUAACUCUAGGAGCAGUGCAGAUGGAACUGUACUUUGACGUCUGCUCAUCUCCUUUCUUUCUUUUUCCAUUGACUGUGCAACUGAAGAGAAACAAUGAAAAGGGAAAAGGUUAUCUUCGGUAGAUGCAUUCACUUGUUGAAAAAUGAAUCUUCUUGACCUUCAUAGGUCACCAUUUUCAACGCCCUACGAAGGCCUACUUUGUACUUCUUGUAACAUAACGACAAAGUUUGGUUUGA